AUGGCUGAUGGUUUAGCUGGUCGAAGUGUGGAUGAUGAACAUCAUGAAGAUGAACAUCAUGGAGAGUUUGAGGAUCCCCCUCCUGCUGGGAACGUUAAUCCUCCUGGUGGUGGAGAUGCUGCCCGUGCAGCUGCGCAAAGAGAAGUUGUGCAGCGCAAAGCUGCCCGUUUAGCUGCUUUUAAUCAAAGACCGGCAAAUGUUCGACAGACUUUGAGGGAACAUGAUGCUCCCAACGCUGAGAUGUACCGCGGAGGUGUCCAAUAUCCUCCAAUCGCCAGAAAUGAUUUUGAGAUCAAACCGGAACUGUUGGGUUUAGUGAAGCAAAAUCAGUUUCAUGGUCUACCGUCAGAGAACCCAUUUUAUCAUUUGGAGUACUUUGAGGAUAUAUGUGGCACGACGCGAAUGAAUGGGGGAGAUACCAUUCGAACAUGGGAUGAGUAUAAAGCUGCGUUCUUGGGACAAUAUUUUACUCAAGCAAGGACUACUCUUCUUAGGAAUAAGAUUUCAGGCUUCCAGCAGCAUGCUACUGAGUCAUUCCAUAAGGCUUGGGAAAAGUUCAAAGACUAUAAGAGAGAAUGUCCUCACCAUGGAUUCACACCAGAAUCACUCAUCAACACAUUCUACAGAGGGGUUGAUAAGAGGUAUAAGGUGGCCCUGGAUACAACUAGUAAUGGGGACUUCAUGAUAAAAACAGAAGGAGAAGCUCAGAUUUUGAUUGAGAACCUAGCUUCUAGCAACAGUAACCAUUGUGUUGACUAUGAUAGGACAGUGAGAAGUAGUGGAGGAGGAGAAUCAAAACAGAUUGCUGAGUUGACUUCAAAAGUGGAGCAGCUUUUGCGAAGAGAUCAGAGGAGUUUGAAUUUCUGUGAUGAUACUGGUGAUGGUAAGGUUUAUCACAAAGGUGCUGGGGAUGGUUUUGAGGAACUACAAGCUGAGCUGAAUUACGUGAACCAAGGAUAUCUGAACAAUGGUUUCAACCAGGGCUACAGGAAUCACCCCAACCUCUCUUAUCGAAGCACUAAUGUUGAGAACCCACAAGAUCAAGUGUAUCCACCACAACAGUUUCAACAAAAGCAGUUUAUACCAGGGCAAGGAAACUACAAUAAGCCAUUUGUGCCUCAGGGGCAAGGACAUGGAAAUGGAUAUGGUCAAGGAGGGGAUAAUGAAAUGAAGUUGCUGAUGCAGCAGAUUCUUGAAGGUCAGGUGAAGAAUGCUGCUGAAAUCAAUGUUAAGGUGGACAACAUGUAUCGUGAUCUCAAUGGGAAGUUCACAACAGUAUCUUCACAUGUUAAAACUCUUGAGAACCAAGUAGCUCAAAUUUCUUCCACCUCUACGCGACCAUCAGGUGUUUUACCAGGGAAAAGUGAACCCAAAAAUAAAGAGCAUUGUUAUGCUGUUAUGAUUCAAGAAGAACCUGUAGAAGUUACUGAGAUAGGUCUACAAGAAGCUGCAAAUGAGAGUAUUAUUUCAGAGAUGGAAGUUCUUAUUGUUGAUGUUGCUGUAGAUGAUGAGAUUGCAGGAGAUGAUGAGCCACCAUACGUUGCACCACCACCAUAUGUUCCUAAGCUCCCAUUUCCAGGUCGUAUAAUGAAAGCUAAAAUGCAAGCUAAAAAGGCGAAAGCUCGCUUUGAUGAAGUUAUGAAAGAGUUUCACAUCAAGCUCCCAUUCCUAGAGUCAAUAAAGAAUAAAAAAACAUACAAGAAAUGUUUGAAGGAUGUCUUGUCUUACAAGAAGAGCAUUGAAGAAGGGGUCAUGAUGAUUUCAACUGGGAAGGCAUAUGUGCAUUUUGAGAAGCAGGAAAAACAUCAAAGGAACAAGGAGAAAACCCUUGCAAUGGCACACUUGAAAGAGGAGGUAGAGAUGGUUAGUUCUGAGUGCAAUGCCAUCAUCCCGAUUGAGAUUCCUAAGAAGCUUGGAGAUCCAGGGAGUUUUGUACUACCUUGCCAAAUUGGGAGAUUCAUGUUUGAGAGAUGCUUAUGUGGCUUGAGAGCUAGUGUCAAUUUGAUGCCGCUUUCUGUGUUAGAGCGUUUGGGAAUCACCAAUUUCAAACCAUCAAGGAUCUCCUUAGUGCUUGUUGAUCGUUUUGUGCGAUCUCCAGUUGGGUUGGUGGAGGAUGUGCAUGUUAGAGUUAGGAACUUCUACAUCCCAACUGACUUCACAGUUUUGGAGCUUGAUAAAGAACCACAUGAUCCUCUCAUUCUUGGUCGCCCAUUCUUACAUACCGUUGGGGCUAUGAUUGAUGUAAAAAAGCAGCAAAUUCACUUGCAGAUUGGUGACCAUACUCAGGAGUUUGACAUGCAAAGGUUGCUGAAAAAACCUACUAUUGGAGGACAAGCCUUUUCAAUUGAAACCAUUGAUGAUCCUAGGGAUAAGUAUGUGAAGACAUGCAUUGGUUGGAGUGAGGUCGAGGAAGUCCUGGAUGGAGACCUUCAAAUUCCAAUAAAAAAGCUUAGUGCUCCAAUGAAAAUCCAAAAGGAUCAAGGAAAAUCCUCAUGUAACCUUAAUACCAAUGAAGUGUGUUGGAGAUACCAUAGAGUAUAA